AUGAUCGCCGCCGCCGCCGCCCUCUCCCUCCUUCUCCCCCUCGCCUCGGCCCACAUGGGCUGCGGUGGCCACGAGAUCGGUCGCCGUAACCACGGCGGCUCGCGUGUCCUCGAGCACCGCCAGGUCGCCAACAGCGUCGUCGCGAGAGAGCGCGAGUAUGGCAGAGGCUGGGGCGACGACAUUCUCGGAAACAUGCUCGAAACGGACCUGCGCGAUAGUGGUCGGUGUAACGCCUCCCCGGAGCGAGCGUGCCGAAAUCCAAACGCGGCGCCGCCCGGCGUUGCUGCUGGUGCUCGGGCCGUCUCUUGCGCAUCGCCCACCGGCCUUGUCCAUGACCCCACGUCGGAGUGCACGUACUACACCUACUCCCCCUGGGAUGCCAUCAAGUCCAGCUACCCUACCAUCUGGGCGGCUGCCGACAUUGUCGCCAACGACACUGAGGCGACUGCUCUUUUCGCCACCAUCAACGCUUCGCUGAACGCUGCCCUCCCCGACGUCGCCGUCAAGGGUAACGGUGACCACACGGGUAACUGGGGAACCACCGACACCACCUACACCACCGACACUGACUGCUGGUGGACCUACGCCAAGUGCACCACGCCCGCGUCGUCGACCGGCCUCGCUGCCGACAUUACCACCGUUCCCGAGCCCGAGACUUGGGGUCUUGGCUUUGACGACGGACCCAACUGCUCGCACAACGCUCUCUACAACUUCCUCUCGGAGCAGGACCAGAAGGCCACCAUGUUCUUCAUUGGCUCCAACGUUGUCGACUGGCCCGUCCAGGCUAUCCGCGCCAAGGACGACGGCCACGAGAUCUGUGUCCACACCUGGUCGCACGAGUACAUGACCUCGUUCUCGAACCAGCAGGCCUUUGCCGAGCUCUACUACACCCGCAAGGCUAUCAAGGAGCUCCUUGGCGUGACCCCCAAGUGCUGGCGCCCUCCCUUCGGUGACGUCGACAACCGUAUCCGUUUCAUCGCUGCUGCCCUCAACAUGACUACCAUUGUCUGGUCCGAGGACACUGACGACUGGAAGGUCGGCACUGACAACGUCACCUCGGCCGAUGUCUCCGCCAACUACGCCGACUUCUGCGCCGCCGGCAAGAACGGCACCUACUCGACCUUUGGCCCCGUCGUCCUCAACCACGAGCUGAACAACUACACCAUGCAGGAGUUCAUUGACGUCUACCCUACCAUCAAGGCCUCGUUCAAGUACAUUGUCCCUAUCGCCACCGCCCUCAACACCACCUACCCUUACGAGGAGACCAACGUCACCUACCCCACCUUUGCGCAGUACAUUGGCGGCACCACCGAGACCAACGGCACCACUGCCUCGAACUCGUCGUCGUCGUCGACCUCCAACUCGUCGACCGCCUCUGGCGCGGCCGCUGCCGCCUCGACCUCGGCCAAGUCGGCCGCCUCGCAGGUCGCCGCCCUCCCCGUCAUGGGCAUGUUCGUCGCUGGCCUCGUCGCCACCCUCCUCUAG